AUGAAUAACACAAGCAGCUCCCCUUCGCCAGCUCGCUGGUUUAGGGUUUUAAGAAGGUAAAAUCUGUCGAUAACCAUUUUCUCUAUCUGUAAAUAUACCACCUUCCACCUGGAAUGCACUCAUGUUCCAAUGGUAUCCUGUGCAUAGCUGUGUACUGAUCAGUAAUUUGUAUGAUCAUUUGUGGGUACAUCCUCAAUAUAAUUUUUGUUUUGUUUUUUACAUUUUUUUUAUUUAGAGCUUUUAUAAGUUGUUUAGCAGAGCAUUUAUUUAUUCCAGUUUACUCUAAGUAGAAGCUCCUGGUUUUCUGAUCAGCUUAUCUUGUUCGUUUUAGUGUGGUUAUUUAUUUAUUGUCCUGUUUAGAUAAUUUUUGGUAUACCCUUUUGUCCAGUUUCAUUGCAAUACUGAAUACCACAUCUCUCCUUUCAGUGAAUUUAUUUUUAUAAAAAAAGAAUGGGGGGGAAAAACAAAAUAUUUUUUAUAUAUAUAUAUAUAUAUAUUCCAUACCUCCCAAGAACAUAGUUUUAUGAUUUCUAAACACAUUUAUUGUAAUUUUAAAGACUAAUUUACUGUACUUCUAAAAAAGGGACAUAUUUUGAUAUCUAGAACUUUUUUAUUUAAUUUUUUCUAAAAUAAAUAAAAAUGAUCAGCCUGUCAAAAGAAAAACCUAGUUGGUUUGUGAGCAGACAAAGUAAAGGCUCAAUGAAGACAUAGCCAUCACGUUUUCUUGAUUCCUCCAGAUCAAGGUCUGAGAGUAACAGGAAGUCCUCUUCCUCCCUUCUCUGUGAGGAUGUUUUGAGAAGAGCACGAGAUGCUUUCACCAGUGGGAAAACCAAACCAUACUCAUUUAGGCUCUUACAACUCAAGGCCAUAUUACAGAUGCUGGAGACCCAUGAGGAGGACUUUGUUGAUGCUCUGGACAAGGAUAUGCACCGGGUCAGUAUUUUAACCAAACUAUUUAACCCUAGACAUUGAGAUGAACCUGAAAAAAUCUUGUCACAAACUGGUUUUGCUAAAUUAGUGUUAAAACCUUUUGUUACUCCUCUCAUAAAAACCUUUUAUUUAUAUAAACUUCACACAUCAUAUAUUCAUAUACUGCAUGCAGAUCAAUAUAGAGAACAAUAAUCUAGGUCAGGGGUAGGCAACCUACGGCACUCAAGGUGUCUUUGCACGGCCCUCAAGGCUGCUACAGCCAAACAGGCUCUGGCCUAUCAGGAGUCCCAGUGAAAUUUCAGAUAUCUGCUAAUACGAAAAGGUGGUGAAGGACAAUCCUCAAUUUAUGCAUUGCAGCACAUAGAGUAAGUGAUCUCAGAUCACUUCCUCCCAGCACUUGUGAAUGGGAAUCCACACUGUAGUAGAGCAGCCUGCAGCUGCUGUUGCAGCCCCUGUCAUUGACCUGUACCUGGUCCACAUUGGAACCCAGGGAAGCCACACAGAAAUGCAGAAUAACCCUCCCCUCAUACAAAUACCUAUGAACCGCCCACAAACAAACAUACACACAAUCCACAUACAUGCACACAAUUCUACAUGCAGCCUCCCACAUGCAAUACCCCAAACAGCCCCCACGCAUAAACACACUACCAAACACAAAAUGUAACAUCCAUCCACAUACACAAUUCCACAAGCAGCCCCCAUACACAGCCCACAUUCAUAUGUAUCAUACACGAUACUACAAACUACUCAAGAACAUAUACAAUAUAAUAGCUCAUAUACGCACAAAUACAACGAUACAAAGCAAUUACAGUAUAAAUAACACAAGCAGAAUACACACCUCCAAUUUAAAAAAAAAAAAAAAAAUAGGACCGACACGCUACGGGACAUCACAAUCCUAAAUCGGCACAGUGCUGCUAAAAGGUUGCCUACCCCUGAUCUAGGUUUCAAAAGACUUGGUUCAAGCUGCCACAUUUUUGUUUCUGUGAUCGAUACAUAAUGGCAUAAUCUGUAUUUUUGAACUUAAGGAGAUAUAAUGCUGGGUUGAAGCAGAAGAGUGAGUGUGUGUGUGUACAACAUUGUAGCUGUAAGAUUUGUCAUCAUAGCGCACAUUUUUGACUAGUGUGCCUUCAUGACUGCAUGUGGGAGUUUAUAUUUUCAUCUUUUAAGACAUUAAAUUUUUACAAUGUGCAAAAUAUUUUUUGACGUCUCUUAGGGUGAUAUAUAUAAUAUAAUUUAUAUCUCUAUCAGAUAAAAUUUGUAUCUUGUAAUACUUUUUUAUUGGACUAACAGAAUUUUUUAAUGACAAGCUUUCGGGAGAACCUCCCCUUCUCAACUCUGAAGCAUUUCUGAGCAAGACGAAUUCAAAGUUGAGUUGUAAUAAAGGAGUUAAAGCGACAUGAGUGCAGAUAAGACACAGGUUUGAUUGAAAAUAGAGAACAUUCUUGCAGAGGGUCGUACAUCUUUCUGAAGAUCAGAGUGAGGAGGGAGAAAAACCAAACAAGCAGACAGUGCAGAAGGUGUGUGUGUGUGUGUAUAUGUAUGUAUGUAUAUAUGAUAUAUAUGCGCAAACAAUACAUACUCAUAUGCACAGUCACAUAUAGAAGCAUGCAUUAGAGUAUCGGAAAGCAUAGUACUAUAUAUAGAGAUACGAAUUUUAUAGUGUUUUUUUUUUUUUUUUUAAAAUUAUAACAGUCCACGUGCACGCCCACACACAUAAAUAAGCAUAGGAAGCUUACACACAAGGCCACUAUAUACAUGGCAGCAAUAAAAAAAAAAAAACCCUACCUUUUCUCUGAAAAAGCAGCAUUUCCAUUGAAAAGCCUGCAGGGACGGGCUAUAGACACUAGAUCCAUUGUACAAGUUUUGGAAAACCUCUUUAGUCAGGUUGUGAUCCUACUCCAGUAUGUGUUGUAUAUUUAUUUGGGUCAAUCAAUACAAUGUUACUGCUGCUUUAAUUCAGGAAAAAAAUACAAUAUGAUAACUUGUGAUGUAUAUUAUAAGACUUUUGGUGUAAUAAUUGCCUUGUGUCUGUGUAUAAUCUUUUUAUUUUACAAUUUAUUUUGUGAUGCCAUUAACACUGUCUUGAAUAAUAUUGCAAACCUUAAUAAUCAACUGACUGUUGCGCUACUGAAAUAAGGGAGAUUUAUUGUCAAACUAUAUGAAUCUUUUGGAUGUCUAAAAUAUUAUUAUGAAUGUGGAAGAAGUGCUUCAGGAUAUACGUAUCCACAUUAUUUAUUCUUUUAGCCCAGGUUCGAGACGGUGCUGUCAGAAAUCAUCACUGUGAAGAAUGAAGCCCUGUAUGCUAUGAAAAACCUGGAGAAAUGGAUGAGUCCUGAGCCUGUCCAGAAGAACAUGGUGAGUUAAAUUCAUGCAGCUAAUGAAUCCGACUUUAUUCUGUGUCCUAGAACUAAAACUCCGCUUUGAAAGAACACUAUAGUCACCCAGACCACUUGAUCUCAAUGAAGGAAGGUCUUGAAUUUCUAAUCCUGCAUUAAACGUUGCAGUGUCUUAGAUUCCAAUGUUUACUUUGCAUAGUUUAAUUUAAUUUAUUUCGUGUUUUUUUUUAUUUUUUUUAUUAAAGGUGUAUCAUUAUACAGCACAUUAAAACAAGGCCUAUAUAGGCAAUAAGAGAAAGCAUACAUUGGCGUAGAAGAAUCUUAAAACUGUGUCUACAUUGGCAAUGAAAGAAAACGUAUAGUAGCUCCACUACCCUGACUGGGUAUAUCCAAUUAAUAUUCCACGUAGCUGGAAGAGGCGCUGUUUAGUGACUUAUAACCCUUCUCACCCCCACGUCCCCCCAAAAACUAGACAACACAUAGUUCUGGGAGUACAACUGAUUUUUAUUGUGAAGGUACAGUCUUUUAUACACGGUCCCCCAGCAAGGGGCCCCUAUUCCACUCAGAGUAAGGCUGCCCUGGUGCCUCUGAUUCUGGGAUAUAAUUGAGUUACCCCCUGCAUAAAAUAAUUAUCUCCUGGAUACAGAGGACACAACAUGAAAAUACCCCCCCAACACACAAAAACAAGCAGAAAAAAAAAAUAUAUAUCUAUCUCUAUCUCUAUCUCUAUCACACACCAGCCAUGAUGGCUGAUCCAAGUUGGCAAAAUAGUGCCCGGAUCCAUUGAGAAUAGACAAAUUGCCACCAGACCAAAAUUUUGACCGGCCGCUAGCAAAGUUCAUGCAGAGAAUAUUUCCAUAGUAAAUGUUCCUUUUGGCCAGUCAAUAAUCGGGGGCUCCACCUGUCUUGGUACUAGGUCCUGCUGGGGGCCUCGCAGCUUUCUGGAACCGAAUGCCUGCCAGAAAAGAGGCACUUUCGGGUGUUCAGCAUGGAGGGGGGAAAAGCACUGAGCUAGGGGGAGUGCUAUAGGGGGAAAGAACUUUGUCAGAUUCCCAGCAAAGCAGGGACAGAAAAAAAAAAGGCGGUAGGGCUUGCGUGAAAAGCCCCCACUCUAGAACCAUCGGGAGUGAAUCCAGGUGCCCCUGGGGGAGCUAAAUCGAGCAGGGAAGAAGGGGACCUAUAGUCCCAAAAGAGCGAUUAAUUUUUUUUUUUUUUUGGGGGGGGAGGAGGGGGUUUAUAGGUUUCUUUUUAGUAUUGGCUAAAAUAUUUUUACACUUCAGCUCAAGUAAUAAUAAAAAAAAAAUAGCUUUUGGAUACCAACCCCUUUUUAUUUAAGUAAUUCACACAAUCCCCUCUUAAUUUCACAAGGAAGAGCUGGCAUAGGGCAUUUGCCCCUAGUCCAGUAGCAUGUGAGGGCUGGCAUGGAACGUGUGGGAUUCAACCACACACUGUCUUUCUGGAAGUUGAAAAUGUGCAUGGAAUGUCUUUUAGAAGAGUACUUGGACUGUCCCACUUAAUAUUCCCUAUUGGACUGUAGUAGCUGAGCUUGACCAAGCAGCCGGACUAAGGAAAAUAUGUAAGAUAUCCCUGAAGGUGGUGGUUUGCAAGCAGCUUCUGAGAUAAGACAUAAUGUUCAUAACACACACACCAGUUGUCAUUUAAGGCAGUGACUUAAUGGGAAGCGGAGUCUGGGUCUCCUAUGCAUGCACAGUUUGCUCACUCAUGCAGGUUAUACUGAUGGAGGUUCCAGUGAUAUGAUCUAUUACAUGUGACAAAUCCAGCAGUCUCCAUCCAACAAACCCAUGCAUCUCUUGUGCACUGUGUCUAGGACCACGCACACCGAUCUGUAUGUUCUUUUGCGCAGGGGGUACAUUUUGUGCACACCAACUGUUUCCAGCCCUUCCCUGCACCCACACAUUCACUUGUCAAAUUGCAAUAUGUAUAAAAUUGUAUUUAUGGGGAAAAAAAGAGUUGAAACUUGGGCUUAAAAUUGCAGCUAUAAAGGACUUGAAGGGAACAGCAACAGGCAUCAUAACUUUUGGAAAGAACACUAGAGAUUAUAGUAUUUGACGUGUACCUUUUUUAGAAAGCUGAGUAAGUAAGAGGCCAGGUCUAUGCUGGAGGAGGGGGAAAUGUUAGUACACAUUUUAUGUUCUGAACCAAGCAAUAUUAUGAAUGUAAGAUGUGCCGCCCCCUCCCAUCAAGCGAUCGGUCUAUUUCUAACUGUUUAUAGUUUAUCAGAUGGAUGUUCUGUAAAAUGAAUAUGAAAACGCCAUACUAUAGGUUUGUUACAUUGGACAUGAUAUGUUUAUAUAAACUGGUAAUCUCACAAUGUUGGGCGUCUAGAUCCCAUUAUUCCUUCUAUCUUUGUGCAUUUCUUCUGCAGGUCUCCCUCCUUGACAACUGCUUUGUGCAAAAGGAACCUGUAGGUUUGGUCCUGAUUGUCGGUGGCUGGAGUUUCCCAAUUGAGCUCAGUCUUAUCCCCAUGAUUGGAGCAGUUGCUGCUGGUGAAAUUACAUUCCUUCGCAAUAUGCAAUAUGAUUUCUUUGUACAGUCUAAGGCAAAAUUAAUGCCUAGAGAUAGCAAUACAAGAAUAGUGUUUAUCCUAAUAAAUUAAAAUAAAAAAUAUAGAAAUUUUGAGCCAUAAUAAAUAUAUAAUGGCUCAAAAUUUCUACUAGUCACUGGCAAGUGAAAAUCUAGCUUUGCAAGUAGAAAUUCACCACUGAUUAGUGUGCCAUGGAUUCUCCAAGCUUUCAAUGGCGAUUAACGUUUAAGUCCUGGCUUGUACUUGGCAGGACUUUAAAAAUCUCAAAUUGGCACAUACAUGGGACUUUCAAACAGUGCAGUCUAUCUUAAUCCAAAAAAAUGAAGCAUUACAGAUUGACCAACCACGGUUGGUUCUCAAAUUGUAUACAGUAAAACUGUAAUAGUAUAUGUUGCAGACCACCUGGUAACCCGACCAAUUUUACUUCCGCUAGUUCCCUUCCUUCAGCCGAUCAGAAACUCUACAUGGUUAGAGGACUUGGCUCAAUGCGCUCCCAUGGCUGGUGGGCACUCAGUCCUGGAAGCUCUUAGUCCUUACAAGGACUUUCACCGCUGCAUCCCCUGCAAGCUGGAACAGCAGACGCAGGGGUUAAAUCUUCCUUCUCUCCAGUAACCAGAGGAAACACAGUUCUGUAGGUUAAAAUAGUGACAAUAUUUAUUUGGAACACACAGCUUUUAUGCACAGACCCCUGCAGGGGUCUCCAUUCAGUUCAAUACAAUCCCAGGCAGGAGGGGAUUGGGUUACAGAUGGCAAUCUCCUGCUCUGGGAGAUGCCAACCGUACACAGGGACACACAUUAAAACAUAUUCCAAACGGGGGGUAAGGGAAAUCCUUUUGUGGCUCUGCGCCCCGGGAAGGGGUCACAUAGAUAAAACCUAUAUCACUAGAUAACCCCAGGUGCCAUCUGGGAUCCCUGCAAAAAGCGGGACGAUCGAAUGUACAGAGCCCGAGAAAUCAGCAUCUAAAGUCUGGGACUCGCGGCUCCGUACAUCCCCGAAAUUAGUUCCAUGAAGUUGCUUGGUUUAGUCCGGCGAAUUCAAACUUCAAGCCUAAACCAAGCACCAACCAAUCAGCUGAAAGGAGCAAAACCAAAUUGUGCCAAUCAGAUCAAAGGGAGAAGAGGGGGUUCGCUGCCCAAUCAGGAGAAAGGGCGCAAAACCCUGUUUGAACAGGCGCUCCUUCUAUGAUUGGUCUCUGCGGGGCGCAGGUGACCAAUCGGCAUUCACUCGUGCCGGCCAAUCAGGAGAAUGGCGCAAACCCAAUUUGAAUGGGCGCUCCUUCUUCCAUUGGUCGGCACAGACUUCCAGGCGGCCAGCGGGACCCCUGUGGCUGUGUAGCCGACUCAUAGCUCCAAGGAUUCUGCUAGGGCUGGCGCCUCCAGCAGUUACCUCCAUUUAGGCAGCCCCGAAGAGGCGGGUGGUCCCCUUUUCGGGAGACGAACCAGUUCUGUUUGUAUGAGCUCUCCCAAACGGGGAGCAGGUAAUACACACAUACAUCACAAUUACAUGGGGGAACACAGAAUACAAGGGAAAAUCAUGGGAAUAAGCAUUGGGAACACAAAACACAAGGGCAAAAUAUAUGAAUAUUCUGCGGGCAUGGUACUUGGUUGCACAGAGAGCAUGCUUUAAAGCCCUCAAACUUUACACUAUUUUCUCUCCAUCGUAGGUAACUGUGUGGUUUUAAAACCUUCAGAAACCAACUCUCACACUGCAAAUCUGCUGCGCAUGCUACUUCCAGAGUACAUGGACACCGUGAGUACUGGAGGUUUGAUGGGUAUAACGGUCACCAACUAAAAUGUUUGCAAUCCAUCUAAAACCUUGUGCCCAAAUGCACCUUUUGAACAUGCUAUCAAGGCUGAACAAGGCCAUCCUAUAAGAUAAGGCCAGGGACUAAUGAAAGUAUUUAGAAAAUUGGGCAGACUAGAUGGGCCGUGUAACACUAUGUCAGACCACCUUCUAUUGCUUUCCUUUUUUUAACUAUGCAAGUAGUGUUAUCUGAUUUACCUUACCAUGCCUCUUAUAUCCUUACAGUGCUGUUAUCCUGUCAUCAGUGAAGAGCAUGGUGACCUCAUGGAAGUUCUAGAGAACACAUUUGACCAUGUAUUUUACAUAGGUAAUGUUAUACUCAGUCUUGUCUGGCUUUCAUAAAUCCAGGAUGGUCAUGGUAUAUUAAAUAAUGGUAUGGAAAAUAUUUUUGCUUGCCGUCAACAAGUUAUAGUCCAUUGUACUCACACAUAGAAUAUGCGUGUGUCAUGUAACUUCUGAUUGUGUUAAAAUAUCAAUUAAAUUCCAAAAUGUUGAACAUGAGUUUUUCUAAGGAAUUUUAACGAUGACCGCGUUCUAUUAAUUCUACUUCAGCCAUUACAGAUACUGCAAGUGCUUAUAUAUUUUAAAUAAAUUAAUGACUUGGUUUUAAAUGGGGAAUAUAAAACUAGAAUUGCUAGAGUAUACAAACAUUGGUAAAUUGCAACAUACAAGAGCAACUUGAAACCUUUUGUCACUUGAGUGAUUUCUGGCAAAACUCCUUUUUUUUUUUAAAGGUUUUAUUUAUAGAAGGUCUUCAUAAUCUGUAUAUGUGCUGUCUUGCUAUGUGCAGGUGACCGCACGAUUGGCAAACAGGUGAUGCAAGCUGCAGCCAAAUACCUCACCCCUGUGACCAUGGUUCUGGGUGGAAAAAAUCCUUGCUACAUAGACAAUUCAUGCGACAUAAUAACGGCUGCUCGUAGAAUUGCAUGGGCUCGGUAUAUUAAUUCUGGUCAGAAUUCACUUGCUCCAGAAUAUGUUCUAUGUCAUCCAGAUAUUAAGAACAGACUCAUCAAUGAACUGUGCUAUUGGGUCCAAGACUUUUAUGGAAAGAAUCCACAGGAAUCUCCUCAUUAUGGUCGUAUGGCAAGUACAGAACAUUAUCGUCGUGUAAAAGACUUGUUGUCAUCCGGUCAGGUGGCUUUUGGAGGACAGACUGAUGAUGGUGAAAGGUACAUAGGUGAGGGUUUUUGGUGUGUCCAUAAUGCACUAGGGUGAAUGUAUGUACCACAGACAAUGCAUCUGAAGCAUGGUUAAGCUAUAGAGCAGGAUUUUCUCUAAGGCAGACUAAGCAUUUGCUUAAAGAGCCAAAUGUUAAGGACACUGACAGCAAAAAAUUGGCACACUUCCUGUAUGAUGCUGUUCAGUUCAAGACAUGCUGCUUAUUGCGCACACAAACCCAUCUACUUUCUGCCUAAUUACAAAAUGGUAAUCUUGAGGGAUUUUAAUAAACAUGUGUGUUCCUUUCCACAGUAAUAACUCUAAACACUAAUGUACUCCUCAAAUUCUUCAUGGCCAUUCAAUCUAACCCCACUAGAAAUCUGCCCCUCUGUGUCUCUCCCCCAGGUCCUCCGUGUGUUUCUCCUUGAGUGACAGGCCUUGUCGCAGCUGUACCCCUUGCAACUGUGGUAGUUUUGCAAUUGCGUAAUGCUGACUUUGUGCAUUGUGCCAGUGCUCUUGCUGUUUUUGUACUUUUUACAUCUCCACAUCCUAUCAUCGGGUAACCUCUCUGCUACACUCACUAUAUCAAUCUUUCUCUGUCCCAGAAUGCAUACCAGGAACAAGCAGUCUGUUUACUAGUAAGAGAAGGAAAGGAGUGAACAAAUGAGUCCUGAACAGAGGAUUCCGUUUCUGAAUUCUUAGAGAUGAGAGCUGUGGGGUUUGGAAGACGGACAUAUAGACUCUGUUGAGAGCUUGAAGAGCGAGAGAUUGUAGUAGAGUAGAUGUAUUCUUAAAAAUGUAUCUUGAAAGUUCCCCUCCAGCAACACCUCUGCCAGUUACAAAAAACGUGGGAGGUACGGCUCUAGUGCCUUCUAUCAGAAAAGGUCUGUAAUCAUAUCCAGGCCCAGUAUGCUCUUAAAGGACCACUCUAGGCACCCAGACCACUUCAGCUUAAUGAAGUGGUCUGGGUGCCAGGUCCUUCUAGGGUUAACCCAUUUUUUCAUAAUUAUAGCAGUUUCAGAGAAACUGCUACAAUUAUGAAUGGGUUAAGCCUUCCCCCUAAUCCUCUAGUGGCUGUCUCAUUGACAGCCACUAGAGGCGCUUGCGUGCUUCUCACUGUGAAAAUCACAGUGAGAGCACGCAGCGAUCCAUAGGUGGCGUGUGAUGCUUUCCUAUGAGACCGGCUGAAUGCGCGCGCUAGUCUUGUGGCGUGCGCAUUCAGCCGUGGGGCAUAACGGAGGAGGAGAGCUCUCCGCCCAGCGCUGGAAAAAGGUAAGUUUUUACCCCUUUCCCCCUUCCAGAGCCGGGCGGGAGGGGGACCCUCAGGGUGGGGGCACCCUCAGGGCACUAUAGUGCCAGGAAAACGAGUAUGUUUUCCUGGCACUAUAGUGGUCCUUUAAUCCUGUUGGAGCAGCAGAUGUCUUGUUGUUUUUGUGUAGUUCCCUUUUAUAUGAGAUAUUGUAUCACAUCACCAUGCUCUCCAUGUAAAGAUUUACUGGCUGGGCACUGAACAUGGGAGUCUGGUCAAACUGCAGUUCUAAAAGAUCUUCAAAAUAUUUAUGCGACUCUGUGCUAGUUUUUUAUAUUCCUAUAAUUAUUACUUAUCUAGAAUAUAAUUUUAAUAAUAAACAAGUGGUCAGGAUGUGUAAUGCCUUUAAGAAAAAAAUUGUGAAUUUACCCCUUUGUAGUAAAUGGAAAUGUCAAUAUGUCUGUCUUGCAGCUCCAACAGUGCUGACGGAUGUACAAGAGUCUGAUGCCAUCAUGGAACAAGAAAUUCUUGGGCCAAUCCUACCGAUUUUCACAGCACAAACCCUCGAAGAAGCAAUAAGUUUCAUAAACAAAAAAGGCAGACCUCUUACUAUAUACGUAUACUCAGGCAAUCCAGAGGUAUGUAGCUUGAGAGGACACACUCAGACCUCAAAUAUUCCAUAAGUGCAUGAAUAUAAUUACAAACCUGUUUUAUUUUAGCAUAUUUGACUAUCCUCAGUGUAAAUAAUAUACUAUUUUGUCAGUUAUACGAUCUGUGCACAUUAUCACAGAUGUUACAUUAUAUUUGCUAUGUUUUUUUUUUUUGUUUUUUGUUUUUGUGAUUAAUUCACAAACCUGAAUAGACCCAUCAUUUUUACAAUUUUGUAUCCUGGAUCAAAGGCAAAAAAUGAGCAUUAUGGUUUGGGCAUCCAUCACCGAAGGAGCUGUAAAGCCUGUGGAUUUAUAACAAAUGCAGAAACAUUAAUUUAUUUAUUUUGGACUGUUUGAGUAUAAUAUGUAUUCAUUAAUCCCUUCCUCAUAUACUCUGUAUGUGAUAUGUUGCUGUCAUGAAUAUCAUUAGCAAGUGGGUUUAAAUGUCUCUAAUAUGGCUUUUUGAUGGUUUGGAGGCAAAAUGGUUACAUGAAUGUCAAAAUGCAGAUCAUUAAAUACCCUGAUGGGCCUACUUUAUACAACAUGCACUUUUUAAAAAUUUUUGUGACUGCGAUUAAAGUUAGUGUCAGCACGCAUCAUUUAUCUAAGGCUUGCCAUUUUUGUUCUAUAGCCUCCAAAAUCAAUUGAAAUUGUACACGAGGCAAUCUAGACUAAUAAGUGAAUCCAUUUUUGAGUGUGUCUCUCUUCCCCUGCUGCUUAUUUUUAUUUUUUUAGUAGUAGUACUAGUAUGUUAUGAGCAAAACUUUGAGUUCUCCUAUUUCAGUGUUUUUGUUCAUAACUAGUAUUGCGUUAAGACCACUAUCACCAGAAUUUAACUUUUUUUUUAAACUUUGUUUUUUAGUAUAAGAAUCAUUGCACCAUGUAAUGAAGAGAUGACUUUUUAUAUUUUUAAAUGAAGUAGAUGUAGAUAUAUUUGAAACAUAUUUAUUUCACAGAAUUCUUGUCCCCUCUGCCACAUUCAUACACCUUUUGGUAGGACUACCAAAUCUAACCAUUUUGGCUCCUGCCUCACUCCCUGCACCGAACGGUGACAUCAACUGCAAUCACCCUGUGUCGUCUGCCUAGUCCGAAUUUCAACCACAUUGGCAAUUCUCAUAUUUGCUAAAGCCAGACGCGUUCAGAAUUUGGUUGGUUCCUCAUUGGUACCGAUGAGGAAAUCCUUUUUUUCCCGAACUUAUUAGAACCAAUCUACAGCACCGGAUUAGCAAAUUAUCAUUCACUUGAGAGAUAAGUAGUGUGUCUCAAGUGAAUGAUAUAUAUUCAUGAAUUGGCCCCAGCAACACUUAAUCUUCAUUUGUAUUAAAUCCCCUUGACUGGCAUGUGACCUUCAGUGUGCCAUUGCUAAGGACAUCCCCUCUGAUGGUAUUUACACACCGAGCUGACCUCGAACUCUGUUUUCAGGUCAUAUCACAAAUCAUGUGCUGCACCUCAAGUGGAAGCUUCUGCUCAAAUGACAACAUGAUCCAGAACUUGUAUACAAGCCUGCCAUGUGGGGGUAUAGGUGAGAAAAAGCCACAAAGUUUGAAAAGAGAUAACCGGAUGAAAGAUCAUUGUACAUUUCUAUGGUUUAUUUUCUACUCAAUUGUUCCUGCUUAAAGUUGGUGCAGUUUUAGCCUGAUUUGGGAGAACUAAGAGUUAUGAGUGACAUUCCCAUUUUAUGUAUCAGGGAAAUUGGAUGUCAUUUAGCUCUUUGACUAAUCAAAUUGUGGGGGGGGGGGGAGGAAACUGAAUUUGAAUAAGUGACCCUCACCUGACUUCUGUUAAGCACUUAUGCAAUAUGCCUUUGUAGAUGUGUACAAGCAAUGAUGGAUACAAUGCUUUCCUUCCAAAAGUGAGUGCAAAUUACCAGCUGAUUUAAUAUGUCUGGGGAGUUUACUUAAUUUCGAUAUUUAUUUUAUUUCUUCCUUACUGCAACAGCAUGUCCGUAAUUUACACUUAUUAAUUAUCUUAUUGAAACUUGUAUACAUAUAAAAAAUUUCAAAAUCUAGAACAAGGCUCAGAUCUUGCAGAGCGUUAUCUAUAGAGCAAUCUUUUCUCCUAAAUGUACUUAAAUUAUUUUUUUUUCUCUUCCAGGAAACAGUGGUGUAGGGAUCUAUAAAGGCAAAUAUAGCUUUGAUACUUUCUCUCACAGCCGUGCCUGUGUGUUAAGGAACAACAUUGUUGAGUGUGUCACUUAUCUUCGCUACCCACCCUAUGCAGAAAAAACACUUCGGCUCAUGAAAUGGGCCUGCACUCUUUCCAAGAAGAAAAAUUCCAAUUGGUGCUCCAUCUUAUAACUGCAGCUGAGGAAAUGAUCAGUUCUGUAAGCACGGGGUGUGGACUUUGGCAAACUAGCCAAAAG